AUGCAGAGCAAUGCCCCCGCAGGCGACACGCAGAUGAGCUUCGGUCCAAGUGGAGGCCCGACACCGCCGACGCCUGGAGGUUCCAUGAGCUUCGCUCCAAACGGUGGAGCGCCUGGUCUUGGCGGUGGUGGUGCGCCACCGUCUGUGACCUCGAGCAGUGCAGGCGUGAAGAUGAGCGUCAGCCCUGAUAAACCUGGACCGGGUGUGCGGACCAGCUUCGGCCCUGACGGAUCCGCGGGAGGUGCCAAGAUGAGCUUUAGUCCUGAUGGGCCUGGAACUGCUCCUGGCGCCAAAAUGAGCUUCAGCCCUGAUGGUCCGGCUGCGGGCGGCCCAUCUGCUCCCUCCGGCGGAGCAGGCCCUUCCAGCACGCCAGAGGACGCACAGGAGAACAGCGCCCUGUUCCUGGACUAG